UAAAAAUAAAAACUCAAACUGCGGAUCAAUAAUCAUGAGUCUGCUCCUCAAGAUCAGUGUUUACCUGUGUCUGUGUGCAGGCGUGCCAUGUGUCCACCUGGUGUCAUGGCUGCCGUGUCAGUUCACGGACGAGCACGUGUUCCUGAACCUCGAGGGUCACACCGAGACCGAGCACCGCCACCGGGAGGCCGCGCUGCAGUUCGGUCAGACGGGCGACGCCCCGCUGAACCCCCGCGCCGUCACGUUCCUGAUCACCGGGUCCAAGUUGGACCUGCGGCGGUUCCUGGAGGAAACGGAGGCGGAGCAUCUGGACUGCGAGCUGCGGCGGUUCAGCACCGACGGCCGCCGCGCCCGCUGGCCGGUCCAGGGCGGGCCGGGGUCCAACCGCUGGUUCAGCUGCACCCUCAGACACGCCCAGGGCCUGUUCACGGUCACGGGGGUCCUCAGGCACCCGUCUGACCAGCCGGCCCCCGGGCAGCAGGACUACCACAGCUGGCCCGCCAUCGCGGACGGGGAGACUCUCACCACCUCGGUCGCCGUGGUCAUUAAAACCCAGACUCCCUCGGUGAGAGCCGCCCUCGCCUCCCAACAAAAGCUCCACUGCCAGUUUGCCGUCGACCACAAGGGACCCAACGUGACGGUGGAGUGGCACCGGCAACGCCGUGGAGAGAGAACCAGACUCUUCAGUCACGCCGCCCGCUCGGGCCGCAGCGAGGGCGGCGGCGUCGGGCUGAGGGGCUUAGCGGGCGGCGACGCCUCCUACGGCGUCCCGUUCGCCAAGAUAACGAGCGAAGGAACGUACGUUUGUUCUGUGACGGUGCCGCCGCUGUUCGUCAGUCUGGAUAUCAGUCUGCACAUCGAAGAGCCCCCCCGCGUCUCCCUGAACAUUGGCCCCGCCCUCUCGCUGCAGGAGGGCGGCGAGCGGAAGGUCUCCUGCGACGCGGAGGGCUACUACCCUCUGGACGUGGAGAUGGUCUGGUCCGUCCAGGACCCGGCGGCGGCGGACAGGCGGGUGGGCGCCCCGCUCCCCCAGGUGCUCCAGAACGUCCUGCUGACCAGCCACAGGCGCAACCGUGACGACACCUACUCGCUGACGGCCUUCUUCCUCCUGCGGGCGUCGCCGCGGGACUCGGGCCGGCGGUUUACGUGCAGCGUGUCCCACCGGUCCCUCAGGGCGCCCGUCAGGAAGAGCUUCGUCCUGACCGUUGAGGAGCCCUGGGCGGGGCCCCGCCCCCUGGGCCUCGCCGCCAUCGUGCUGCUGCUCGCCCUGCUGCUGCUGCUGCGCCACCUGCACUCAGCGAGAAAACACAUGCAGAAGAAGAAGCCCUACUGAGCUGCUUCAUGAAGAGGAGGACGACUCCUCAUGUUACUUUUAGAACGUCUCAGACGAGGAGAUUUUUGGGGAGUUUCUAUGAAACUGACUGCAUGAAUGGUUUUGUUGUUGUUGUUGUUGUUGUAAAGUAAAUUAUUCUGGAUGAACAUCACGACACAUAUUGUGCAACAUUCGUUUAAAGAUGCCUUAACGAGCAGUUUUUCUUCACCUCUGUUGGGGCUCAGCGCCCCCUGCUGGACAUCCGAUAAACUUCUCGCGGUUAAAAUUCUACAAAGAAUAAUUUAAAUAUCUUGUCAUUUUAAAGACGUAAUCAACAUAAAUAAACAACUGUUGCAACUUUAAUAUCACCAAGCAACCAAUCAAUACACACACAGUUGUUUUGCCAUGUUUGAUAGUUAAUAAUAUGAAUAAUAAGAAUAAUCUGAAUAAUAUUAACAUUAUUUAUGAAGCAGCAAAAGUCAAACAGGAAGCAGAACCUGAUGAGAAGUAAAUACUUUAAAUAUGGAUUCUUAAAGUCAGUAUUGAUUUCCUGACUCAUUGCAGCUGAUAUUAAAUAUUUAAAGCCCAGUUUAUGUUUUCCUUGUUUUUCACGAUCAGAAGUUUGGAACUCGUGGUUUAUGAAUCUUUCAUGGGGAAGUUUAUGAAAUAAAAGCCAAACUUGGAAGAUGAAUAUAUAUAUAUAUAUAAACAUAUAAUUGGAUCUCCUUUUCUUUCUCAUCAUGUUUUUCUUUCUCUUUAUUUGUGAGUGAUCCUGAGAAGUGAUCCGAGGGUCGAGGCAAACAGAGACUUCAAAUAAAAAUAUUUUUGUAAAUCGGA